UCCGAAAGAGGUUAGUUUUAACACCCUUUUUAAAUGUUGACGGAGAUUCAGCAGUUCUGAAAACGGGAGGUCGUUCUACCACAGCGGACCCACAACCGAGAACCUUCGUGCGUGAGGGGUGGAGGAGAGUAGCAGUCUGGUUGGGGUAGAGGUUGUAUCUGGGAGCGGCUCCAUUCAUUAUUUUGUAGGUGCUGUUUGCGUUAUAAUACAAUAUCCAGUAUAUUAUUACAGAUUUAGCGUUUAUCGUCCUGUAAAUAGGACAAAGGAACUCAGAAGUUAGAACGUGCACUGCAGUCACUUGCUCCUCGAGCUGUGGGAGGGCAGCUCGUGCACGAGCGCCUAGCGUUCACGCCUCACGCGACACGCCUCCCGUGGCGCUCACGCUACCUAGCGCUACGGCCACGGGGAAGUCAGAAGAAGAGUGUGGGAUCGCGGCAGGACGAAGAUCUCAAACCGUCGCUGCGACUUGAGCUCCCAAACAUGGUCGCUCCGAGCGUCCUGUUGUGCGUCGCGGCGCUUUUCGCCCUUUCCUUCAUUUCACUGAGCUUCUUCGCGCGCGAGUGGGAUGUGCGCGUGAACGCGAGGGCUCUCGCCACAGGACUGCUGCAUUCGGACGCGUUCCCUGCCUCCACCAGGCAACUGUUGCUCCAGGAGCUCCAGGAAAGGCGCGCCAAACUACUACCGGACCUCACGUGCUCUGGAGAGGACAGGUUCGCGGAGCUGCGCCGCCGUGCGCUGGUGUCACGGCCCGCGGCGGCAGGAGGAAGGAGGAAUUGCGUGGACUCGGCCACGGAGAACACGCAUUCGCGCCAGUUGGAGUGCAGCGAGCUGAGGCGCGUCCACGAAGCGGUGCUCCUGGGUUUGGGCUACACGAAAGCAGUUUUCGGGGCGGUACUGCGCAACGGACUGUCCGUGGCGCUCAAGAGCGUGAACGCGCAGGGCGCCGACAUGAGCGCGUGCCUGCGGGACCUGGGCGAUGCGAGCGCCUGUUACGAGCUCGUCUCCUGUAAACUGAGCCGAGAAAUCGUGCUCCUGCAGAGCCUGCAGCAUCCCAACAUCAUCCAGCUCUAUGGCUACUGCCAUCCAGGCAAGCGAGGUGGUGGGGUCAUGUCUGCCCUUGAGCAGGGCUCUCCACUCCAGAUGAUCCAGCUACUCCAGACCCCUUGGGAGGAACGCUUUCGGGUUUGCUUGGGAUUGGUGAGGCUGCUGGACUACCUUUCCACAUCACCACUGGGCUCUGUGGUCCUCCUGGAUUUCCAGCCCCGGCAGUUCGUUUUGGUGUCUGGGGAGCUCAAGCUAACUGACCUUGAUGAUGCCAGUAUUGGUGACCCAGUCUGUAGCACUGAUGCUGACUGUGUGCUCCACUUCCCACUCCGUAACUUUAGCAUCGCCUGUUCUUCUGAGGGCAUUUGCAAAGGACUUAAUGAAAAGAGGAACCUCUACAAUUCUUACAGGUAUUUUUUCACCUAUCUGCUUCCUCAUCGUGCUCCACCUGCACUGCAGUAUUUGAUUGAGCGAAUUAUGAAUUCAACUGGGGAGCUGAAAGGUGGCAUAAAUGAUACACUGGAGGACUUUGAAGAGCUGCUCCAUCUGUACAAGUCUGGGCUUUACCUGGAGAACCUGCCAUCAUCCAUAAUCAAAGAUUACACAGUGGCCAAAAGAACGAGGGCUGCAGGGGGCAAGGCCUACAGGUGCUGGCCCUCUUACGAUCACAGUGGCUGUGUGCUCUCAGUCCAUGGUGCUCACGAAGCUGCCCUCCUCUGCCACUCUCAUCGCGAGUGUGCUUGCUUCACCCUUGGCAGUCGGAGAACCUGGACAGGGCGGAUCCUAGCUUCAUUUACAAGUUCCUUUGACGACCUGGUGCCAGAUGUGAAUUCAGAGGUGUAUGUUAAAAAGGCAGGAGCAUCAGACCCUGCUUUGUAAGAAGAGUGUGAGAAUACAGGGGAGGUAAAGGGGUAACUGGGCUCUGUUCCACUUGGCCUGCAGUCUCUGAACUAAAUGAAUAUGCUGUAUGUCUGAGAUUCUUGUUCUGUGGACAUUUGGCCAAUGUGUCAGUCAAUUUCUGCCAAGAAGCAUUUAAAGGUAUUUCUUGUUAGAUGCAGCGAGCUGGAACUGCCCACUUAUUCUGAUUCCUGUUGUUGGUGCCUAGUCCUCAUGACACCGAGGGCAGUACGUAUGAAUGUGAGAACAGCUCUUAUACAAAUACACUUUAAUAAUUUGUUCUGGAGUUCUGUGCCUUCAAGUUAGAAAAGCACAUCCCUAAAUCUAAGUCUGAAUAUUAUCAAAUACAGAACUGCUCAAACCACAACAAGUCAUCAAGCAGGACAGUAUUAUUCCUCGAUGUGAUUGUAAUUGCAAUAACAAAGCAAUUGGUUUUUUGGUAUGUGUUUUUUAUUAAUUUGCAUUGGUUGUGCA